AUAAAAUGAUUUUGUGUCGCUAAAAGUGUGUCUGUUUUUUUUUUUGUAUGGAAAUUUUAUAAAUUGAAGUUGAUGUGUUUAUGCCGAAGUAUAGUUAAACUAUAUAGAUCUACUUUGUAAAAAGAUAUACUGGAAAACUAUGACCACUAAAAAGAAAAGAAACGUGUAUGUGAAGGUCAACUUUCUCAAGGUCACUGAUAUUGAUACGAUAAAGGAAGUGUUUCAUGCGGAUGUCCUCGUUAAAGUCCGGUGGCGGGAACCUUCGUUAGACAACGCCAAGGAUCUAUCCGUGUCGGACUUUUCAAAGUUCUGGAACCCGAAAAUAGUCAUAAGCAACAGCGCACCUAGCGCCACGUGCAAAACAUGGCGUUCCGUAAAUCUCGCAAAAGACGGAGAGGCGUUCAUUUUAGAAAAGUUUAGAGUAAAGGGGGUAUUUGCCGAGAAUUUAGAGCUCCAUGAUUUUCCAUUUGAUGUACAGGACUUAUCAAUCGUUGUAUCAUCGGAACUAGACGAUGAUGACGUAGACAUCAUCGAGGACAAUGAAGAAGUCUCGGCAGUAAAUGUUCUGUGUUUUGUCGACGAUACGGAAUGGACCGUCCGAGAUUUUGUCUAUUCGGAGCCUAGACAGUUUAAUAAAGAGAUAGCCGAAACGCAGUUCAAGAAUCCGGCAUUACUUGUAAAAUGUGUGGCCACCAGGAAUGCUGGGUUCUUCUUGUAUAAUAUCAUCUUGAUCAUGACAAUGAUUUCCACUUUAUCAUUAACAACAUUCGCUGUGGACAAAUCUUUGAUUCAAAACCGACUACAACUCGCAUUUAUCAUAACACUUACAGGAGUCACAUUCAAGAUGGUGUCAAACCAGAGUCUUCCUAAAAUACCCUACCUGACACAUCUGGAUCGUUUUAUCAUUGGGAGUAUGGUAUAUAACUGGCUGGUAUGUCUUUGGCACGCGGUACUGUCACAAUAUGAAGGUAAAAGUAACCAAGGUGACAUGGACAAAAUUGCGUUCUUUGUUCUGAUUGGUCUACUAGGAGUCUUCCAUCUUGUCUUUUGGCUAGUAGUUCUUAUAAAGAGAAUAUACCAGGAGUUCAAACUGAAGGACAGAGAAUCCGUUUAUCAGGAAAAGGCACUUAGAUUAAUGGGCUCCUCGUGGAAGAGUGAAAGAAUCAACCGUAGAAAUAGAAUUACCAGAAAAAAUAAAAUAGACGCGGGAGGCAACUUUGUUUGAAGGUGUUACAUGUUCGUAGUGAUUCCUUCCCUUUGAUGGUGUGACGUGAUUAAAAUUGUUACAGUUUGAAAGGGUUAUUGUAAAUCUGUGAUAUUUUUUAUGAAAUUUUCUCCAACUUUUUGUUAAUUAUUAAUUUUGUUUACUAUACUCUUUUUCUUUAUAAAAGUAAACAACAACAAAAAAUGUUGUUGUUACAUGUGUUACAUUGCGUCUGUAAGGCUUGCUGAAAAUGUGAUAUAAAUUGGGAUCUCUAUUUGAACUUGUCAUCCGAGUAAUUUUAAUUUUAGAAGCUAAUUUUCGCAC